GGCCGUGGCGUCACGCGUGUGCGCCGCGCACGGGAGGCGGCCGGAGCGGUGGCCGCGGCCGUUAUGGGGCCGCGCCGGAGGAUGGCGAGCGUGGACGCGGUGUCGGGCGCCCGGGUCAGCCCGCUGCUGGACAAAUGCCUUUGGUACUUUGCGAAAAAUAUUUCCAGAUACAUCACAGAGGUUAGGCCUUUGCCUCCCAACAUAAAAGACCGACUGCUAAAAAUAAUGAGCCUGGAGGGGCAGAUAACAGAUUCCAACAUAAGUGCGAUCCUGCACCCGGACGCUCAGACCCUGAACAUCGAGGGCUGUGACAUCUCAGACAGCGCCCUGCGGCACGUGUGCGCCUGCCGGAAGCUGAGGACGCUGAACUUAAGUUCCUUCGAGAAAAAAAGAAACGCCAUCACUUCUGAAGGACUCAAGGCCGUGGCCGCGUCGUGCGCGUGCCUGCAGGAGGUGUCCCUGAAGUGGUGCCGCAGCCUCACCGACGACGGCGUCCUGGCCUUCGCGCGCCACUGCCGGCUGCUCCGCAUCAUCAAGCUGAACGGCUGCUCGAGCCUCACGGACGCGGCGCUGCGGGCCCUGGGCGAGCACUGCCCCGCGCUGCAGUGCGUGGACUUCUCCUUCACGCAGGUGUCCGACGACGGCGUGGUGGCACUCGUGAGUGGGCCCUGUGCCCAGAAGCUCGAGGAGAUCAACAUGGGCUACUGUGUGAAUCUCACUGACGAGGCCGUGGAGGCUGUCCUGACGCGCUGCCCGCAGAUGCAGAUAUUCCUGUUCCUCGAGUGCCCCCUGAUGACCGAUCGCUCACGGGAAAUCCUGGAGCAGUCGCUCGGCCCGAACAAACUGAAGCAGGUGAUGUGGACUGUUUACUGAGGCCCGCGCCGCCCCCGGGACCCCCAGUCUGGAGUGUCUCCCCGUGUCUCGUGUCCAGGUGGACUCCGCCCGCCCUGAGAGCUGCUCCCGCGUCGGCCCGCCGGCGGGCCGUGACUCUUUAUUAAACCCUUUCCAGUGACUCGCCUUCCCC